AAAGACUUGAGCAAUUUAAGGCCGGCAGUACUGCUGGGUACUUCGCGUGUGCGGUUUUGUUAAAAUUAUUUUAUCAGACGUUUUGUUAUUUUAAUGUGCAACAAUGCAAUUAUUAUUAUUUAAUUUAAUACUUGCUGCUAGCCUUAUAGGCUUCAUUAGUACUUCUCCUACCUCAAAGCCACCCUUGCCAGAGAAAAAUUGUGGCUACAAGUCUUGCCAUCCUAUUAAAAAAGGUUUCAUCAAUGUCCAUAUCGUACCUCACACUCACGACGAUGUCGGAUGGUUGAAAACCGUAGAUCAAUAUUACUACGGAAGUAACACCAAAUAUCAAACUGCCGGAGUACAAUACAUCCUGGAUACUGUUGUAGAUUCUUUGAGAAAAGACAAAAACAGAAGGUUCAUCUACGUCGAAACCGCAUUUUUCUGGAAAUGGUGGAUCAAGCAGCACGACAUAGUCAAAUCCAGAGUCCGCAAGCUCGUCUACAACGGACAAUUGGAGUUUAUUAGCGGCGGCUGGAGUAUGAAUGACGAAGCCGUGACUCAUUAUCAAUCUAUAAUCGAUCAAAUGACUUGGGGCUUAAGGAAAUUGAAUGAGACCUUUGGCGAGUGCGGCAGACCGAAAAUCGGUUGGCAAAUCGACCCUUUUGGACAUAGCAGAGAAAUGGCCAGUAUUUUUGCCCAGCUGGGUUUUGAUGGGGUGCUAUUGGGCAGGAUCGACUAUCAGGAGAAACGGUUUAGGUGGCAAACUAGGACACCUGAAAUGGUGUGGCGUGGUAGUGACAGUUUAGGAGAAGCAAGUGACAUAUUCACAGGCGUGAUGUACAACACCUACUCGCCGCCUCCUGGAUUUUGCUUCGAUAUUUUAUGCGGAGACGAGCCAGUUAUAGAUGACAAAAAAAGCUUCGAAUAUAAUGUGGACAGAAGGGUUGCUGAAUUUGUUGCUUAUUUAGACAACGUCACACAAGUUUAUACCACAAACAACGUAAUCAUUACCAUGGGCGAUGACUUCAACUACCAAGACGCUGAAUCCUGGUUCGUCAAUCUGGACAAACUAAUUUACUAUGUGAAUCAACUUCAAUUAUCUGGUUCAAAAUACAAUCUAAUUUACUCAACACCGUCCUGCUACGUUAACGCCAUCCACGAUGAGACUAAAAACAACUGGAUUAUGAAGCAGGACGACUUUUUCCCUUACGCUUCCGAUCCUCACGCUUUCUGGACAGGAUAUUUUACAUCCAGGCCUGCCAUAAAACGAUUUGAACGACUGGGAAACAAUUUUUUGCAAGUUUGCAAGCAGCUCUAUGCCUUAGCUGAUCUUGGUCCAGAGGAUAUGGUGGACUUGAAUGCAUUGAGGGAAGCCAUGGGGGUGAUGCAGCAUCACGAUGCCAUUACAGGAACUGAAAAACAGCAUGUGGCUAGUGAUUAUGCCAGGCAAUUGCAACGAGGCAUGGAUGAAUGUGAGAUAAUCACCAAUGCAGCAAUAAGAAAACUGCUUGAGGUUAAUAUUGAACUUAAGACGUGUCCUCUGUUAAAUGUUAGCCAAUGCACAACGACAACUACAAACGAUGGAUUUGUUGUAACCAUUUAUAAUCCGCUUAGUAGGCCUGUGGACAAAGUAGUCCGAUUACCUGUCAAAGAAGACUCGUAUUCGGUCAAUGAUUUGCAAGGGACUGAAUACAAAACCCAAAUAAUUCCAAUUCCUGAUUUUAUCAAAAACAUACCUGGAAGAAGUAGUCAGGCAAAGAACGAACUGAUUUUUAUUGCAAGGGGCAUUCCAGCUUUAGGCUGGAAAUCUUAUAGAGUAAUGGUUUAUAGGAAAACUAAUAAGAACAUUAUUGUAUCUAAAAAAGGCAAUAAACACAGUGUCAAGAACACUGCCUUUAUUAUAGACCCAAAUACGGGCCUUAUAAAUAGCCUCACAAUCAAAAACGUAUCAAUAGACCUUAGCCAAAACUUCUUCUAUUACAAUGGCUUUGUUGGCGACAACAGUAAAUUCGAAAAUCGUUCCUCUGGGGCCUACAUCUUCAGGCCUGAUGGCCCUCUACAAAAAAUAACAAAUAAAAAAGUGGACUAUAAAGUAUACGAAGGAGAACUUGUAGCAGAAAUCCAUCAAACUUUCAACGAAUACAUAAGUCAAAUUAUUAGAGUUAACGCCAUAGAUGAUUACGUUGAAUUCGAUUGGAUAAUUGGACCUUUGCCCCACAGCGACAGGAAUGGCAUUGAAGUGGUAACAAAAUACCAAUCGGACCUCAAAUCGAAUUCAGUUUUCUACACCGACUCCAAUGGCAAGCAAAUGCUCAAACGAGUCAGAAAUUUCCGGCCUUCUUGGAAAGUGAACUUAUCUGAACCAGUAGCAGGAAAUUACUACCCAGUUACAACGCAAAUUUCUAUCAAAGACACCGAAAACGGAUUGGCAGUUUUGGUUGACAGAGCCCAAGGAGGCACCAGCCUUAAGGAUGGCGAAAUCGAACUUAUGCUUCACAGAAAUUGCUUGCACGAUGACUCUUUUGGCGUUGGAGAGGCUUUGAACGAGACUGCUUUCGGACGUGGAUUGGUUGUUAGAGGUUCUCAUUACAUUACUGUGGGUAAUAAUGGACUGGCAGCAUUAACAAAAGAUAUUGUUCAACGAAGAUUACUAGAUACUUGGACUUUUGUUGUUCCUGUUGACGAAAAAGUCAAGUAUAAUAUGGAGUUUGCAGGUCUCAAGCGCCCACUUCCAAAAAGCGUCCAAAUCUUGACAUUGGAACCAUGGACCGGUUUUGAUUUUCUACUGAGGCUUGAGCAUGUUUUUGAGAAAAGCGACCAAUCUCAACCUGUAGUGGUAGCUUUAGCUGAUCUUUUUACAUCGUUUGAAAUAAUCUCAGCUCAAGAAACCACUUUGGGAGGCAACCAAUGGCUCAAAGACAACCACAGGUUGCAUUUUAAUACAAAUGGCACCGUAGAAGAUUUAUUGUACCAAGACUACAAUAUAGUGACAGACUAUGAGACUGAGACACACUUGCUUCGAAACAGCAUCAAAAGACACACAGUGAUAAAUGCAUUUGAUGAUGAUUCAUUGAAUGUCAGCCUAUCUCCAGGACAGAUACGCACUUUUAUUAUUCAGAUUAAAAAAUAUUAGAUUUAUUUAAAUAAAACUUAUAUUUAACAUUUAAUAAAUACAAUCGUUUUUCGUAUGAGAAUAAACUAGGAAUGCUUCCUUCUUGUUGGGCUGAAUGCGAUCUCAAUUCAAAACGUAGUUGUUCCAAGCUCAUCAUUUAACUGUAAAAAUAACAUGAAAGAAGUCUGUUUUAACUAUAAAAUAAAAAUACUAUUAGG